UCUCCACUUCAGUCUGCCAUUUUAGAACAAAUCAGCGGUACAUGGACUGCGAGCUUUAGUUGUUUUUUUAAAAUUCUAAUAAAUAAAUAAAAAACAGUUGUUUUGAUUAUUCCAGGGUGUCAGGUGGCAGAAGAUAAUAAAAAAGGCUCGUGAAGAAUUAUUUUGAGGAAGGAUGAAACUACCAAGUGCUGCGAUUUUUCUAUCGGCAGUUCUUCUGGUCUCGGGUGAUGUCCAGGAUGAGAAACUACCGGAACCAACGAGUGCCCCUAACACGACGUCUACAGAGAAAUCAACAACGGCAAAACCUACGACAACACCAAAACCCACAACAACACCAAAACCCAUAACCCCACCUUCACCAACAACAAAAGCUCCUAAUACAACAACAAUUACUCCUGAUACGACAACAAUUGCCCCAACAACACUAGCACCUAUUACAACAGUAGCUCCAGUUACAACACCAGCUACAAAUACAACCACAACAGCAGCUCCACCGACUCCAGUACCAGAUGCUAAACCUGGAAAAUGGUCGGUCAAUGGAACCAAUACGACGUGCAUUAUUCUGCGAAUGGCUUUGCAGUUCAACGUUACGUAUCUCAAUACUGAUAACAAGACUGUUCACGAAUUGAUAACAGUACCAAGUGAUAAUACAACGACAAAUGCAACUGGAGUCUGUGGGGAGAAGGAGCAGGUGAUAAACAUCCAGUGGACGCCCUCAGGAGCUGAUUCCAAUGACUCGGUGGUCAUGCACUUUGUAAAGAGUGACGCUAAAUCAUAUACUCUCCAUCAUAUCGAGGUGUACAUCACCCCCAAGCAGCUUCCUAACAUCAGAAGCAAUGGAACUGUGAUGAUGAUUCAUAACGCCAGUGAGGACAAAACGUCAGUAGGCAAUUCUUACAGGUGCAUGAGACCCCAGGAAUUGAAAAUGACGACAAAUGCAGAAAAUGCAACAGCAGUUGCUUUGAUUUCUGAGCUGCAGUUCCAGGCAUUCAGGGCUGAUAAGUCACAGUCAUUUGGAUAUGCUGAGGACUGCACCUUGGAAACUCAAGACGUCGUGCCAAUAGCUGUUGGCUGUGCCCUGAUAGCCCUCGUGGGGAUCGUAUUAGUAGCUUACCUCGUGGGACGCAGGCGAAAUCAGCCACGUGGCUACGUUAGCAUGUAAAAUUAAUUAAAGCCUACCAAUGAGAGCCUCCAAUUGAAUCAGCAAAACAGUUAAGCAGCUCCCACUAUUCUCUAAGUACCAUUAAUCCUUUAUUUUUCCCCUACCAUUGGCCUUUUACCCCUUGAAAGUUCGUGAGAAUUAAUUAUCCCCAAGGGCAUACUGUAGAACUUUGUAUGAGAAAUUUUUUAAUCUACAAUCUCAUUGCUAUCCUCGGUACAUCGGUCAUUUAUUUACUCGACUUAUGUACGCGAGAUGUCGGUUAUAUAUGAUCUGGAGAAAUCAUGAAUCUACAUUGAUAUUUUUUAUUGUUUAUUCCAGAAUUUAAAUGAGAAUCAUGUGUAUUGAAUUUACAUCUGUAUGAAAUUAUAUGUUUUGUGAUUA